AUGGUGGCGGCGGCGGAGCGGGUGGUGGUGGAGCUCCGGGAGGCGUGCGCGGCGCCGGCGGCGCGGCUGAACGAGGUGGCCGCGGCCAUGGAGGCGGAGAUGCGGGCCGGGCUGCGCGAGGAGGGCGGCAGCAAGAUCAAGAUGAUCAUCUCCCACGUCGAAAACCUCCCCACCGGGAAUGAGGAGGGGUUCUUCUACGCCCUGGAUCUCGGGGGAACCAACUUCCGCGUCCUUCGCGUGCAGCUCGCGGGCAAAGAGAAGCCCGUCGCCAAGCGCGAGUCCAAGGUCUCCAUCCCUCCCCGCAUCAUGUCAGGCAACGCCUCAGAGCUGUUCGGCUUCAUUGCUUCUGCGCUAGCCAGCUUCGUCGCGGACGAAGGGCGCAGCAAUGUGUUUGAGGACAAGCAAAGGGAGCUGGGGUUCACGUUCUCGUUCCCCGUGAGAAAGACAUCCAUUGCGUCGGGCACCCUUUCCUAUUGGACCAAGGGUUUCAAGAUCGAUGAUGCUGUGGGCAAAGAUGUUGUCGCUGAACUGCAGACGGCCAUGGAGAAACAUGGCGUCGAAAUGCGUGUGGCUGCAUUGAUCAACGAUGCUGUUGGGACACUGGCUGCAGGUAGAUACAACGAUGAGGAUGUCGUCAUUGGUGUCAUACUAGGUACCGGCUCGAAUGCCGCCUAUGUCGAAGAGGCAAGUGCAAUACCGAAGUUUGAGGGCGAGUUGCCUAAAUCAGGAAACACGGUGAUCAAUACGGAAUGGGGUAACUUCUCCUCAUCCUGCCUCCCAAUCACAGAAUAUGAUCAGGCAUUAGAUAAGGAGAGUUUAAACCCAGGAGAGCAGAUCUUCGAGAAGAUGAUUUCAGGAAUGUACCUUGGUGAAAUUGUGAGGAGGGUGCUUCUUAAAAUCGCUUCACAGUCUACACUCUUCGGCGAAAUCAACCAGACUAAGCUCGAAACCCGAGACAUUUUGGGGACUGAUAAUAUCUCCGCGUUGCACCACGACGACACGCCUGAUCUGAGAAUCGUGGCCGAGAAACUGGCAGACAACCUCAAGAUCAAGGACACAUCCUUGGAGACGAGGAAGAUGGUCGUGGAGAUCUGCGACAUCGUCACCACCAGGUCUGCACGGUUGGCCGCGGCAGGGAUCGUCGGCAUCCUCAGGAAGAUCGGUAGGGCUGUCCCCGGCGACCAGCGGCGGUCGGUCGUCGCCAUCGACGGCAGCUUGUUUGACCACUAUGCUGAGUUCAGGCAGUGCCUAGAGCGCACGCUGGUGGAGCUGCUGGGGGAGGAAGCGUCCAGGUCGGUGGCGGUGAAACUCACCAAGGACGGGUCCGGACUCGGAGCCGCCCUGAUCGCGGCUGCUCACUCCUAG